AUGAUCUCUGUGAUCGAUAGAGAGCAAGACGGUGACAGCCCAAACUAUGCGGAUCUUGGCAUCGGAACGGUGACUCGUGAACGGUCGUAUGGCAUCGGCAGCUGCCCGGUCACUUUGUUGGUUAGUGUUCGCCGCCGUUUCAACGACCUGUUUUGCUCAGGAAAAUUACCCUUUCUCCUACUAUUCCAGGUGUGCCAUGCUUUCAGCUACGAGUUGUCGCGAAACAUAACCCAUAUCCUCAACACGCUAGUAGACAAGAAGUACUAUGACAAACGACUUCGGCCGAACUAUGGCGGUCCAGCGGUCGACGUAGGGAUAACGUUGCACGUAUCGAGCAUCAGCGCUGUGUCUGAAGUAGAUAUGGACUAUACGCUGGACUUUUACUUGCGACAAAAUUGGGUAGACCCGCGCUUGGAUAUCAGGCGUCUGGGUGCUCAGCAGCAGUUGACGGUUGGCUGGGAAUACACAAAAGACAUCUGGGUGCCCGACACGUUUUUCCCAAACGAGAAAAAAUCGUUUUUCCACCAAGCCACCACACAUAAUAGUUUCCUUCGCAUUAAAGGAAUGGGAGAGAUCCUGACCAGUCACAGGUAA